GCCGCCAUUUUAGUGUCAAGCGUUCACUUAUAUUGAUGUGCUUGCUGCGUAUUUCUAUUCUAAUUAUAAUUAAACAGUUAUUCUACUUUUUAUGUGAUUAAAUAUCCUAAAAAUUUUCUGUUAACCGGUUUCAUUGCUGCCUCGCAGGUUUUAUUAAAGCUCUAAUGCAAGGCCAAGCUAUGCAUCACUUUGGUCAUAGAGGUUUUGGUGGCCCACCCCAGCCCCAAAGACAAGGUGGGCGUCGUGGAAACAGAGGUGGAGGCUUUCGAGGUGGAAACAACUCUAGAUUUGAACACAAUCACAGAAAUUCGCCUCAACAAGGAGGUCAACGCCCUAACGAGGUAAAACCAGUAACACAAGACAAGCCCCCACAGCAGCAGGCUACCCAACAAGUACCAAAAGAAAAAGAGGUUAUCAACCAGCAGCCAAAUCAACCCAAUCAAAAACCUAGUCCACAGCAGAGUCAGCCAAAACCGCAGGAACCGCAAACGCCAAAAGUAAACCAGAAUCCUGCCCUGAAGCAAGAUUCCAAAGAUAAUGUUGACAAGGCUAUUCCUAAUGAAUCAAAACCUAUCAUCAAUCACAACCAAUCAAAUUUCCCAAAGAAUGUUAAUGGUAACUUUGGUGGCCCUGGGAAGCAAGGUGGUUGGAGUCAAGGUAACCAAGGUAACAAGCAAGGUAAUUUGGGACAACAGCGUGGUCCAAGGGGAGAUUUCAAUAGGGGUCCGGGAGGACAGGGCCAAGGAGGGCAAGGGCAAGGCCCACCUGGACAGGGACCAGCUCGUAAUCAACAGAGGACUAAUAGUCGUGUUGGAGGGCAGUUCGAUGGAAAACCAGUGCAAAGAGAGGAACACAUGUUGGCUAAUAAGUUAAAGGACCUCAUGGGGCCCCUCCUUGAAUUGCCAACCAUUGAACAACCCGAAGUUAAGUUUAACGGAAGAAGUAGACUCUAUAUUGGAAAUCUUUGCAAUGAUGUAACAGAAGAAGAACUUCUCAAUCUCUUUAACCAGUUUGGAGAAACUGCAGAGUUGUUCUUAAAUAAGGAAAAGAAUUUUGGUUUCAUUAAAAUGGAUUACAGAGUUAACGCUGAGAAGGCAAAACGUGAAUUAGAUGGUAAAAUGAAGAAUGGAAGAUCUAUGAGAGUGCGGUUUGCUCCACACAACAGUGCCGUGCGAGUUAAGAAUUUACCGCCAUUUGUCUCGAAUGAACUCUUGUACAAGGCAUUUGAAAUUUUCGGAAAAAUCGAAAGAGCAUACGUGAGGGUGGACGAAAGGGGGAAGACAUUGGGUGAAGGAAUAGUGGAAUUCUCCCGAAAACCCAGUGCUCUCGCCGCAAUCAGAAAUUGUUCUGAACGAUGCUUCUUUUUAACAUCAUCGUUGCGGCCGGUCAUAGUUGAAAACUUGGAAGAACCAGACGAGUUUGAUGGUUUUCCAGAAAAGAAUAUUUCUAAAAAACACCCAGAAUAUUUAAAAGCCAGAGAGGUUGGUCCAAGAUUUGCUGAAGCGGCAAGCUUUGAGCAUGAGUAUGGAACGAGAUGGAAGCAGUUACAUGAGCUCCAUCGCCAGAAAGAGGAAGCCCUCAAGAAAGAGCUUGCUGCAGAAGAGGAGAAACUGGAAGCACAGAUGGAAUUUGCCAAAUACGAGCACGAGACGGAACUUCUCCGCGAGCAGCUCCGGCAGCGCGAGCAAGAUAGGGAGCGGCAGAAGCGCAGCUGGGAGAUGGCGGAAAGGGCGGCGGAUGAGCGCCGAGAGACCGAGAGGAUGCAACUCAUGAGGCACGAGGAGGAGCUCUCGCAGCGCAUGCGGCUGCAGGACGACGAGCUGCGGCGCAGGCAGCAGGAGAACACGCUCUUCGUGCAGGCUCAAAGACUGAACUCAAUGCUUGAUCGUCAAGAACAGGGCAUGUUUGACAAUCAGCAACCAAUGGACGGAGGCUUCAGAGACCAGUUCGACAUGCCACGUGGAGGUUUUGACGACAUGCCGCAGAACCGAGUUUGGGAAGGACGCCCAAUGGACGAUUACCCAAACAAACGUCGUCGUUUCUAAAUAUUCUAAUGACGUCGCGUACUUCGUGUUGCGCGUAUUUCGAGGAAGUUUUGGUUAACUAACUUCAAAGGGCUCUGCUAUUAAUACGACUUCAUCCGUAUUCAGCAAUGUCACUUAAUGCGUUCCCGUAUUUUUCACUAACCGAAUACUUCAUUGGAAUAAUUCGAAAUGUGCGUUGCGAUCAAUUAGACGUAAUCAUGACUAUUUUCAUAUUAUACACUAAAUCUUAAUUAUUAGUUAAAAUAAGCGAUGUUUGGUAAAAUAAUGGUUUAUGUUUACCCGACAUAAACACCUAAUGAGUACGAUUGUACUUUCCGUAUAUAUUUAUAAGUAUAGGUCACGUUUAUCUUACAGUAAAAGGCAAUUUUAUUCUCAAAUUAAUUUAUAUAUAAAAAACUUGUUUCUCUUCGUCUCCGACUGUAACAUAUAACUAAAUUUGUAAUGUUUAAACGCAAUUCAAUAGGUACAUAAUUACUUUAGCACUAAUGUAGUAGUUAUUUAGGAUCAAUUUAGGUUUAUAAUAGACAUAAGAAAAUUUUAAAUUAAAUUUCUAUUAUUAAAUUAUGCCCGCGCAUGAAUUGCUUUAAAAAAAGUCGUGAAAGAGUAUAAUUGUUAAAAUAAAAUUUUCAAUGAGAGUGCGUAUAUAUGUAAAUAUAUGUGAGUGCAUAGUGCAAUUAGAAUGUCAUUUAUUUCUUGAAAUUUUCCAAAAUAAAUUAGCUUUUUGUAAUCAACUACACAUGUUCCUUCUUUGAUUUUAUCCUGAACCAGUACUUUUCUAUAUUUUUUUUCCAAUUGUUCAAGUAGUCAAUAAAUUCUUAUGUAAUAUACGAAUAAAUUUGUAUUAGAUAAAAUAACAAUCCUUAUAUUUUAUGAUUACUUUUCCCAGAACCUUUAUCGUUUUUUACACAUUAAGCGUACUGUUAUGCAAAAAAUUAAACUAGUUACUAGGAUAGAUAGGAAAACGAAUUUAAGAUAUCAAACAAAUGAAGCUGUAGCAAAUUGUCGAUCUCUUUCAAAUCGUUAUUUCACCUAUUCAUUUAUUUCGCUUAAAUCAAUCUCAAGGUAACAUAAACAAUAACCUACUGGACCGAAAUUAACAUUUAUAUAAAUAACAUAUUUUCGGACAAAUCCCAUUUACCACGUUCUCACACCGCAUUGCAUUAGGUGACAACCUGAUAUAUAGGAAUUAUUUAUACUAUGAUGAUUGGCGUGAUAAUAUGGUUUUGGUACCUAUCAAAGUAUCGUUACGACGCUAUGUAAAAAAAAUCUGGGUGCUAAUACGUGAUCAGUGAUAGUGAAAUAAAUAUACAUACAAUGUAAACGCCAUGUGACAUCCCUCGAUUUAACGACAAACCCCGUAAAUCGUCAAAAUAUCUGUGCUUUUGGUUGGUUUAGCUUGUCUUCCAUUCAAUGAUAAACUCUACAUAGCAUUAAAUCCAACCCUCAAUAACAGACUAUACACGUUCAAAUAAUAAUUGUUUUAAAUUUAAUUACUAACAACACUAGUCUGUAAAAAAAGCUAUUAACUUUUCUAAUACAGAUUUUUGUGUAACGUCAACAUAUGCACAGUCCCUUGGGUGUAGUUAUAAAGAGUUUACUCUGUAUAUAUGUUUAAGAGAAAAACACGUUAGCAGCACAUUACUACCUGCAAUUUUAUCAUUCUAACUUGCUAAACCGGAAUUACCAAACUAGAAGUGCAUGUUUCAAUAUAAGGAAUCCUCUUAAACUGAAUAUUCAUAAAAAUAUACAUGUGAUAAAAUAAUUAUACUAGAAGUAUAUUAUUUAAAUAUGUAGUUAACACAUAGUCAGUAACCCACUAAAUAAUUUAAUAUGUUACGUCAAUCACUACACAGUAUAAUUUUAAAGGAACUUAACACGACGCCGCAGUGUAAGAAUACUAUAGAGAAAUAAAUGAUUUCCUUUAUAUACACUGAAAUUUUGGUCGUUCUAAGGGCAUUUGCUUAAUAUUGUUGUAAUCUACGUUUUAUAUUACAGUAUCUAAUAAGAGCCGUGUUCGCGUAGUGGUUAGGCUUGUUUUGGAAUUAUCAAUUACGGCUGUGCACCUAUGGAUUUUUAUUCUAUGUACGCUGCUCAGUACGGUAAGGAAAACCUGUGGUUUUCGGCAUGCAUGCCUUGGACCAAAUAUAUUAUGUGUCAAGUAUAUAGAAGAAUUCUAUCUAUUUAUCAGGAUGUUUUGAUACGACAAAUGAAGAUUAAUACUCUCCAAGUCAACAGUUUAUACAUAUUGGAAGUUUUUUAAAGACUAAUAAUAAUAAUGCUUUAUUUCGAUCGCGAGGGAGCAUUAUUAUUAACAAUCAAGUAAGUUAUUUGGUGUGAGUCAAAAUUACUAGUUAAAUGUUUAAAAAAUAUAGUUUAUAAGUUAUUAAAUUUGACUGAAUCCGUUGGUUGAAAUCGGAAUAGUGCGAUGUACAGCGUUGUAUAACUUUUUUUAACAUUUCAUGUCACUAAAAAACAUUUGUAUUAGAAUUCUGUUGUGGCCUUCUAAAGAAGAAUAUAUUUAAUUUAUUUACACUAGGUACUCACUAAAUGGGUAAGUAUGUUCAAAUUUUGAUAACAAAUGUUUGAUUUAUUUAAUAUAUUUUAUAACUUACUUUCUGUAGUUAAAGUACCAAUAAUAACUGUAAUAUAUAUAUAGACUGAACAAGUAUGUGAAAACAAACUGACUGGAUCAAUGACAAAUAAUUAUUGAAAUAUGGCUGUUAUACAGAUCAGUCUUGUUUUAAUUUGUUUUGAAUUUUAGUAUCAUGUACAUAAAUAUUAAUUCAAUUCAAUUGUCUUCAACAUUUGAACUGUUUAAAAAUAAAUGCCUUUCCAUUACUUACAUCAAACAUCAGCAUAAGUUAGAAUGGCCAGCAUAUUGACUAGUAAUUGUGCGAAUGCUCCAUAUUUAAUCGGCUUUAUAAAUAUCUCAAAAUAGCUAUUUUAUACAGAUCAAUUGCUAUUUAUGACUUACCGUUGAAAGUAUUGUUCUUAAUGCUAUUUUAUAUUUAAACUAACCAUGCUUAUAACUGAAGUUACCUAGAAUAAGACCGUAGUUUAUUUGUUAUCACGCAAGACUAAGGAAGGACGAAAGAAAAUGUGUUUCGUCUGAAGUUACCGACAAUAAGAAUAUAUUUCUUUAUUUUCUCCCACAUUUGCAUUGCAAUAUAGCAUUUGUUUCGUUUAAACCCUUGUAUUGGAGGAUUUUUAAGGUACUCCCAGAAACUUGAAAGUAGCGACGUGUAUUUCUUUAAUUACCUGACACAUUUACUUGUUCCAGAUUCUAUAACGCCGGUUAUAGUUAUAUAUACAUAAUCUUUUAUGAACGUCACUUAAAAUUUAAAUCCGAGCUAUGAUGUGAGAAGAACAGUCCAAGAAUCUCCAGAAAUUAAUGUAUUCUUAUAAUGUUUAUGAUUUCUCUUGCUAUGGAUUUUGUUAAAAAAACGUUUCUUUAAAUUACUUGAUUUUAAUUUGGUUUACUAAUUUUGUCGUUACAAGUAUUAUAAUUAACCAUGACAAGGAAAAUAUGGUUAUUCUAUAAAUUUAUUUCGGACAUUCCUGGGAGCCAGCUCGCUUCUGCAGUACAUAUCGAAAGAAUUCCAGAUGCUCCUAAAGAAUGCUAUGUGAUAUGAUACUAUGAAAGCAAUUGAAGUUGGCAAGUUUUGUUGUAUAUCUGUAUAUUGACAGUCAAUAAGAUGAUAUUAUUUGCUGCGACAGCAAAUCCCUGUAGAUUUUACAAUUCAUAUUCAUUUUACUUUUAUAUUUAUAGUUAUUUUUUAUUUAUCAUAACAUUAUUGGUAAUUAACACUCGAGAUUUCAUUACUUGCGAAGAUUUCCCACAGGAACUGGAAGAUUAUUUAUAUGAAUGGAGAAUAUGAAUAGCCCGAGUAUUGUAAAACCUUUAGCAUUGCCACAAUGCUAAAGGUUUUACAAGGAUUUUGUGGUGAACACAGUCACAGUCGAAGAAGCGUCCCUUAGCGGCCUUAAAAGCGUCGAUGAUUUUAAAAAUUAAUUUGGCAACCCCAUCAAUUGUGGUGUGACAUCGAGUAAAACCAUAGCUAAAUAUGAAUUACUUUAUAAAACUGGCUAAAGAUUAUUUAAAAGUUUUACUUAAAACUGCGGCUGCACAGAGGUGCUGACCGCUACAUAACGGUUUUUGUACAUAUUGUGGACUUGACACUUCUAAGAUGGAUUCGUUAAGGUAACGACACUUUGCAUCACUUUGUGUUUAGGCAAUUUAUUUAAAAAGCUGUGUUUUAAAUAAUGUUUCCUUGGUUUGUACGCGUACGAAUACCUACAAGAUGAAUUCAGCCAUUAUAUUUGAAUAACGACUACAGCAUAUUAUUAUGUGUAAAGCUUAAUUUUCAUAAUAUAAUUUAUAUUAGGUAUACCUACGUACCUCAGAACUUUAAAAAAAGAUGUUUUGAUGUUUUCGAUUGAUGAAGAUGAUCAUACGACAGAUGAUAUACAAAACUUUUCUUUUUUAACGGGAUUUUCUUUAUGAAUAUCACCAUAAAUAUAGAUAUUAUUACUAUAAAACUCCAUACGGCACUAAGUUUUUUCUAAAUCAAUAGUAAAUUGAAAUGAACUUUGCAGCCGCAACUACAGUAACCUUCAAUCAACGUAGACAUACCUGUUCAUCUACCCUUAUAACCUAGCAGUCGCAGGUUUCUUUGUAUUCUUCCUUCACUGUAAACGAACUCGUCUUGAUACCUUUGGCGAUUAACACGUGUAACACAGGGGAAUUCAAACCUGUUGGCCAUAGCCCAAUGAACCAAUAACUCUAUCCUGAGAAACAUUUUUGAACUGGUUUCCCAUAAAUUAUAUAGGAUAUAAAGUAGCAUAUUCUAGUAUCGUUCUCAUUCCCAAAUAGAUUUUCACUUUAGUGUAUUCUGUUUAUCAAGGUACUAUAUAUAUAAAAAAAACUGGAUUCAAUACAAUAAAUAAAAAUUAACUACUUCAUUCUAUGAUCUUCCUUAAUGAACCAGAAAAUUAUAAUGCAAUAGAAAAUCCAAGUAACUAGUUCUUCCUCCUUGCCUAUAAAUGACAUUUGAUGAAUAUCGUAAGUGUUCGAUCAUGUUAGGUGAUGUUUAUUGAUCUUUCCAUAUUUACAAUCAUAUAUUAAGUAUGAAUGCUUCAAUCAAAUUCAAGAUAAAAUACCAACCUUCGAAUAUUUCCGUCCUUUCUAGUUUUCUAGUACUUUUACCAUCUACAUUAUCUAGCUCCUCUAUGAAGAAAGUUUAACAAGAAGAGACUUGACUUGCAGCUAAACAGUUAUGCCGUUCCCGUUUCUUAUAUCUACACAGACGCAUAUGAUAUUAAUUAUAAGCGGUGUCCGUAUUUAGCUAGAGACAAAGUUGGACUGUUUUAAAGAAGGUGUAAAUCGCAGCUCGUCGUGCUAUUUCAGUUACAUCUUCGUAUCUACAUUGACUAAAGUGCGUCUGGAUUUCGUUGGAGGAAAAAAAUUGCGCUUGUGCUGCGCGAGUUACUGAAAAAUACAUUUUUUAUUCAAAACAAUGUGCUCCAUAUAACUUGUAGAUGUAUCCUCAAAUCAUAAAAUAUAAAUAAGACUUAAUAAUCGUAUUUACGUAAAAAAUUUCAAGAUUUUCAAAUGAAUAGUGCAAUUUCUUCGAUUAGCUUUCUAAGAUUGCUAAGAAACUGUAUAUUGUCACUAAACAAUAAUUUUAUAGUAUCUAAGCACUUUGUCGAUUAAUUGUAUUAGGUUUUUUUAAUAAAUUAAACAUUAUAAUUCAAAUAUUAAACAAUCACAAACUCAAUAAGUAGAAAACUGACGCAGAUCCUCGCUAACAUUGUCUACCAUCAAAAUUAGUAUUUUAUGGUAAAGAGCGCAGAAAAAUAAAUAAAGAGAAACUGUCGAGUCUAGGCCUUAAAGUAUUUUUUUAAAUUUGUUAAUCAUUUUUCACAUUGCAAUUUACUGUUUAAAUACGAACAGAUCUUUCGUUAAUUAGUUCCUACCUAUAGAAUAUUUGUAUAGUAAGUUUACAUGUGUAUAAUACAUUUUUUUAAUUA